UUCUUUUCAGUUUUUGGUGUUGCUGUUUGAUUUUUGCUUUAUUUCUGGCCGCUACCCACAAGCAUAGAUUCCUCUCUCUCUCUCUAGAUGUUGUCUGUGUCUGUCUGUCUAUGUUGCAAGAGCUCUCUCUCUCUAAUGAAUGGAUGAAUGUGCUCAACUCUGGCAUGGAUUCUCUCUGCUCUCUUCCUACUUUUGUCCCUUUCUUUAGCUCUCCUUUUCAUUGAUGCUUUGCUUUGCUGUGCUUUCUCUCCUUUUGAGUUUCUAGGCGGUUUUUGGCGUAGCUGUGCCUUCUCCUAGCUUGUUGCAAUAGAGCGGCCUGUUUAGCGCAGCAGCUUACCCGAAAAACACACAAAGAUGAGCUAUACGCAUUCUAACAUGUCUUCUGGUAGCAGAACUGCUAAGAGAAUUGAGUUUGGUAGGACACAUGUGGUGAGGCCCAAAGGAAAGCAUCAAGCAACAAUGGUCUGGCUGCAUGGACUUGGAGAUAACGGCUCAAGCACAUCUCAAAUGUUGGAAUCUCUACCACUUCCAAAUAUUAAGUGGAUCUGCCCAACUGCUCCUACCCGUCCUGUGGCUGUACUAGGUGGAUUUCCUUGCACUGCAUGGUUUGAAAUGGGAGAGCUUUCAGAUGAUGGUCCAGAUGAUUGGGAGAAUUUAGAUGCUUCAGCAGCGCAUAUUGCGAACUUGUUGUCAACUGAGCCAGCUGAUGUUAAAGUCGGUAUUGGAGGCUUUAGCAUGGGUGCUGCAAUGGCCCUUUACUCUGCAACUUGUUAUGCUGCGGGUAGGUACGGAAAUGGCAACCCAUACCCUCUCAAUCUGAGGGCAGUUGUUGGACUAAGUGGCUGGCUUCCAGGAGCAAGGAGCUUAUGGAACAAAAUAGAAGGUUCACACGAGGCUUUGAGGCGUGCCGCAUCAUUACCCAUUUUGCAAUGCCAUGGAACCAGUGAUGGUGAAGUAGCCUACAAAUAUGGAGAGAAAUCAGUCCAGUGCUUGACUUCAGCAGGAUUCCGAUACCUUUCGUUCAAACCAUUUGAAGGGCUCGGCCACUACACUAUCCCUAAAGAGAUGAAUGAGGUCUCCAGUUGGCUUUCUGCACGGCUGGGGCUUGACGGGUAUCGCUCAUAAAUCUGACAGUUUCCGCCUGGAGCUAAUGAGGAAGUAGUAUGUAUCUAACAAUAAUGAAUGAGAAACGCACAUGUACAAGUAGGCGUUAUAAAAAAUGGGGCAUGGAGUAUAUGAGUACAGCAGCUAGAUUGACCUUUCUAAUUCCCAUUUGUGUUCUGUUCUUCCCUACAAAUAAAGUUUUGGGUGUGAUAUUUGUAUACCACUUGUAGGCAGUAGUGAGUAGGGACUGAAUUUUGGAUGUACUUUGUUUUGGUAUUCAUUAAUGUAUUAUUGUUAUUAUUAUUAUAUUAUUUUA